CNUGCCAUUUGCGUUCCAGAUCUUCCGUUCUAGCGACAGGGUGAGGUGCAGUGCAAUGAAUCCCAGCUCGAACCCCAUGUGCUGCUAGCCAUCGGACUUCUUUCCUCCAGCCCUCUUACAUAUUGGCCCUGAUGGCAGCCACGGCCAGCGCCAGUUCCCCAGCAUUCGAUCUGGAGGCGCUGAUUCAGUGCAUCUACAUCAGUGGGUUGGUGGAUCGUGUGCGCGGAUUAUCCAGCGAGCUUCCCUCUCCGACAGCCUCGAUUGGUCCUGGGAUUAGCAGCGCAUUCGGUGUCAAUGUCAAGCCCGACGCCUUUGCGCCAGAUGUUGUGCAGUACGAGCACCAUUUUGCAGAGGCUAGAAACAGCUAUCGCUAUCUGGGUGCAGAGGCGUGCCUAGUCAAGUCGCCCAGAUUGCACGCAACACACGACAUACGCAGCGAGCGGGUCGACGACGAACUCGACGACUGGCAAUGCAUGAACAAGGACUCUCCCGAAAAGCAAUAUGAGCUCAAGCAAUUGUAUCUAGAGGUUAUGCAGCCUCUCUAUCCAAUUCUGGACCCUUCACUGCGCUACCUCCAGCACGAACUACCCACCGACCUCAAUUCGACUGAGCUGUUCUCGCUGUACAUGAUUUAUUCUAUUGCAUGUUACAUUAUUCCCAACACCGGCAAAAGACAGCCACAUGGCCAAAGCAACCACUCAUCAAGUAGACUUGCAUAUCACCAAGCCAACUCAAUCAGAUAUCGUUCGUUGGCGACGCAAUACUUUGCUGAUGCCAUGGAGCACCUGGAAUUGGCAACCUUGGAACCCAACAUUGACACAAUCCGCUCCGUCUUGCUCCUCGCCUUCAACAGCUCAUUUGAUCCCUUGACAGGCAAUAUCGGACAGCAGAUCGCUCUUGCCGGGCGUCUAGCAUUUGACCUUGAAUCAAAGCGCGCCCUUCAGGAACUUGAACCCAAUGACGUUGAAAUGCUACAAGCCAUGCACAUGACAAUCUUUACUCUCGAAAACCAAGUCGCCUCGACCCUCGACCGCCCCGCUCUCUUCCCCGAACCCGAUUCCGAACUCUGCUUUGACAAGGACAAGCCCGCUGAAUAUCUCUGCUCCUUAAACCGCAUGCAGAACCGGUUUCGAAAAGGCGAUCUCGUAGCAAAGGAGAACGUGAAAAAGUUACUCCCGCUUUUUGACGAGAAAGAUGAGUUGAUACCCAUCUUACGCAUCUCACUACACAUAACGCAUUUCGUGCUGAACCCUUGCUGGGGAAGCGCAUGGCACGUCUUAGAAGCAGUAGUAAGCUGCGGCAGCAUCCACGUCUUCUUGACGCCGCACUGGGUCUACCGCGCUGGUGUGGUGUUGAUACAAAACAUGCCAGCGAUUUUUGGGGGUAAUCUCAUUCAGCUCUACUCGAAUGCGCUGCUGGUGCUUGAGCUUUCGUCGUGGAAAUGGCCGAGUUCUGCGGCGCUAUCAGCGUCAUUGGUCGACUUGAUGCAGCAUAUGAAGACAAAGUAUCGGCCGGAUUGGUCGGAUAAGUUGCAGCAUGGGGGUGUGAGGAUUUGAGGGGGUUUGGG